GCGAGAAGAGAAAAAAAAAAAAAAACCGUGCUGCGGUGCCCUCUGUCCUGCACUAUACCCAGCGAGCUGGGACCUGCGAGACUGCGAGUGUGUAUAGUGUUAUGAAACCAAACGUAGACCGGAGGUGGUAAUUUCGAUAUGUUUCGAACAGGAAAAAGAUUAUUCCCAAGGGGAGUUACGCUUAUAAGUGGAAUUUUUUCAUUCAGUAUCAAUGACUCCGACAAAGUAGACAAUGAAUCGGUACAGAAAAUGUUUGCCAAUGCUCCUGGGGACCAUCAAACCGGAACAGAGAGGCUCCAUCAAAUGUUUACACUUGAUGAAUUUGGACGUAUAUCGAGCGAGGUAAAUGCAAUAUACCAAGCGGGAUUCUUGGGUUUCCUCACGGGGGCAUGCUAUGGAGGUUUCAUCCAGUCCCGCGUAGCCUACAUGAAUUUCAUGGAACGAAAUCAGGCUACGGCCUUUAAAACCAGCUUUGAAGCAAAGCGAAAACUACAAGAUGCAGUAACAGUGAAUUUUGCUAAAGGAGCAUUCAAAUGGGGCUGGCGAUUAGCUUUGUUUACAACAGGUUAUGUAGGGAUUCAAACCAUUAUUUCGGUAUAUCGAGGAAAAUCAUCAAUUUGGGAGUACCUCGCAGCUGGCGGAACGGCGGGAGCUUUGUACAAAUUUAAUAUGGGAUUGAAGGGCAUGACUAGUGGCGGCUUAGUAGGUCUGGCUUUUGGUGGAGUCGCCGGUGUCAUUUCACUAGGAAUUCUUAAGGCUUCGGGCACCACCAUGGAAGAAGUACGUUUCUGGCAAUACAAAUGGAAGGCCCAUCGAGAUACGGCUAUUCUCGAAAGUAUGAAAAGACAAACGCCACCGGAAUCGGAUCCGUUGCUUGAAAUUCACCAUGCAAAAUUUGGAACCGAUGUUAGUCUGGACAAAAUCGAAACAGUUGAGACAAGUGUGGAAAGCAGUUCCAAAGUCAAACAAAGCUCGGAUAGUAAUACUGUGCAAUCAGAAAGUCAUGUAACAAAACCGGAUGCUAAGAAAUAGAUGAUUUUUAAAGCCACAA